UCUAAUUUCCAUUGCAACUCACCAUGAAAAAUACUACAUAGCAGUUGUUAUGGGCAGUUAAUACAGUUGCAGUAUAUUGGACAGACCAACCAGUGAUGGGAGUAACAGACUUCUUCGCCGGCGAGAUAGCCACCGAGCUUCUCAAAAUGCUGAUAACAAUCUCACGCAAAUCCUUAUUAUGCAAAACAAGUGCCGACACUCUUAUAACCAACAUCAACAAUCUCCUCCCCAUCAUUCAAGAAAUCAAACACUCCGGCGUAGAGCUUCCCGCCCUCCGCCAGGCCCAACUGGACCGCCUCUCCGAGACUCUCCGCGAAGGCCACGAGCUGGCCAACAAGAUCUUAGCCUCGAACAGAUGGAACGCAUACAAAAACCUGCAGCUCGCUAGAAAAAUGGAGAAGUUGGAAAAAAAUGUCUCGAGGUUUCUUAAUGGACCUCUCCAAGCUCAUGUGCUGGCUGACGUGCAUCAUUUGAGGUUUGAGACGGCGGAACGAUUUGACAGGCUUGACGGGUCUGCGAGAAGACUGGAGCAGAGGCUUGGAGCUAUGAAGAUCGGGGCCGGAAGUGGCGGGUGGAUGGAGGAUGCUGUGAAGAGAGUUGAAGUUGAGCAUGAGCGGUGGGAGGGUAGUUUGGUAAAUCUGUUGGGCGUUGGCAUGGAGAUUGGGAAGAGGAAAGUGAAGGAAAUGAUUAUUGGGAGAGAUGAUUUGGGAGUUGUUGGUAUUUGUGGGAUUGGUGGCUCUGGAAAAACUACUUUGGUUAAUGAAAUUUGCAGAGAUGAUCAAGUUAGAAGUUACUUUCAGAGUAGAAUUCUGUUUCUGACAGUGUCACAGUCUCCGAAUGUGGAGCAAUUGAAGGCAAAAAUAUGGAGAUUUGUUUCAGGAAAUGAUGAUGUAGAUGGGGAUGUUAACAGUCUGAUGCCUAAUUGGAAUCCCCCAAAGUUUGAAUGGAGAUUCGGAGGUAGAAAAUUAGUUGUUUUAGAUGAUGUGUGGUCAAUUUCUGUUCUCGAAGAGUUAACUCUUAAGGUAGCUGGAUGCAAAACACUUGUCGUUUCGAGGUUCAAAUUCGCAUCAGUUAUCAGUGCUAGCUAUCAAGUAGAAUUGCUGAGAGGAGAUGAAGCAAUUUCGAUGUUCUGCCUCUCUGCUUUCGGACAACAAUCUAUUCCGCUUUCUGCUGAUGCCAAUCUUGUCAAGCAAAUUGUAAAUGAAUGUAAAGGGCUUCCGUUAGCGCUCAAAGUGAUCGGAUCUGCGCUGAGGGGCCAACCUGAAAUGUAUUGGUUAAGCGCAAAGAAGAGAUUACUGAGAAGUGAACCUAUUUGUGAGUCCCAUGAGAACAAGUUACUUGACAGAAUGGCUUUAAGCAUUAAUUUCUUGCCUAAAAAAGUUAGAGAAUGCUUCUUGGACUUGGGAUGUUUUCCUGAAGACAAGAAGAUCCCUCUUGAUGUUCUCAUUAAUAUGUGGGUCGAGAUACAUGAUCUCGACGACGAAGAAGCUUUUGCUAUCCUUGUCGAGCUUUCUGACAAGAAUCUUCUCACUUUGGUGAAGGAUUCGCGAGGUGGAGAUCUCUACAGCAGUUACUACGACAUUUCUAUCACUCAGCACGAUGUGCUGCGUGAUCUUGCUAUUCAUUUGACCAAUCGUGGCGAUGUAAGUGAGCGGAGGAGGUUGCUUAUGCCUAGAAGAGAUGCAGAGAUUCCAAAAGAAUGGGAUAGAAAUGCUCAUCAGCCGUUUAACGCUCAAAUUGUUUCGGUACAUACCGGUGAGAUGAAAGAAAUGGACUGGUUCAGAAUGAAUUUCCCUAAGGCUGAAGUUCUGAUCAUAAAUUUCUCGGCGAACGAGUAUUUCCUGCCUCCGUUCAUCGAUGACAUGCCGAAGCUCAGAGCUUUGAUAGUGAUAAAUCACAGCACAAGCAACGCAACAGUCCACAAUUUUGUAACAUUCUCUAAUUUGACAAACUUAAGGAGCCUUUGGCUCGAAAAAGUUUCGAUUUCACAUACGGAACUAUACAGAAAUCUGCGUAAAAUAUCCUUCAUUUUAUGCAAGAUCAAUAACAGCCUCGACGAAGCUGAUACUUUAUUUCCAUCUCUCUUAGAAUUAACAAUCGAUCACUGCGACGAUUUGAUCAAGUUGCCUCCCAGCAUUAGCAAAAUACAGUCAUUGAAGAUACUAAGCAUCACCAAUUGCCACAACCUCCAAGAACUUGCGGCGGACUCAGGCAACCUGAAAUGCCUACAAAUUUUACGGCUAUAUGCUUGUCCGACUCUAAAGAUGCUUCCGUCGAGCAUAUGCGAACUUGUCUGGUUGAAGUACUUAGAUAUUUCGCAGUGUGUUAAUCUUAAACGUCUUCCAGAGAAAAUUGGUAAAAUGACAAGAUUGGAGAAGAUUGACAUGAGAGAAUGUCCCCAGAUUUGGAAUGUGCCUCAGUCUGUCGAGUUCUUGGAGUGUUUACGCUGCGUGAUCUGCGACGAAGAGGUUUCUUGGUCAUGGAAGGAUUUAAGGAAGGAUAAUAAUGUUCAUGUUGAAGUUGCUGAAAGACAUUUUAGUUUAGACUGGCUUGACGAGUAGAGUAAUCAAUUUUGCACUAAUGUCUAAUACUUGUACAUAUUCAUGUAAAUAAUAAUACUUCAUCAAUUAGAAAAAUAAAAUACUUCAACUA